AUAUAUAUAUUUAUAUAUACGAAUAUUGAAGAGCAGCAAUAACUGCGCUCGCAGCGUUCGAACAAACAAAUUACACAGCAAUAUGCCGGCCUUAAAGGCCAAACAACAACAUCCACAACAACAGCAAGUGGAUAAAAAUCAGCAUGCAUCAAUACUCAAUACGCAGCGCAAACAACAACAGCGGCAGCUAGAAAAUCAGCAGCAUAAAACAAACAGACUACAACUAACUAAGAACUGGUUCUUACAAGCAAAAGCGAAAACUACAAUUAUUACAGUGAUGAGCAUUAAAGACAACAAAAACAAUAACAGCAACAACAAUAACAACAAAGUGCUCAACAGUGUCGGUGGGCUUGUCGUUUGUUGUCGCACCAGCACCAGCAGCAACAGCAGCAGCAGCAGCAGCAGAGGCUCAUCACUCACAAUGGCACUACUGUUGCUCAUCUGCGCAAUCGCCGUGCUAAGUAACGAUAGCUGUCUUGUCGCGGCAGCCGGCAGUAAUGGCAAUGGUGGCGGUGCUGGUGGCACAUCAGUGCGUACCGGCGUCGGUAAUCCGCGUUUGCCUCGCACAAGUGCAAGUCAGCUGAAUAGCGGUAGUAAUGGCGGCGGAGCCGGCGGUAGUGGUGGUGUUGGCAGCAAUGGCAAUAUUGUCGGCAGUGGCGGCAGCAACAGCUUCAAGUUGGCCGCAAAAACGUUAAACAGCACACGCAACGGAAAUUUGCGAACAAGAGAACAACAGCUACUCAACAUCUUUGAGGUGAUAAUCUCAACCCUCGAAGGCAAGCUAAAGCGCAUCGAUAGCCUCGACAAGUCCGUCGAGCACAUGGUGAAGCGCAUGGAAGCGUUGGAUAAUCGUGUAGCGGACAAUUUACUUAAAACCGAUGCCGUCAUCUCCAAGCUACGCACUUUGGAUAAUAAAAUCACCAACGAUAUACACGGCUCAGCACAUGAUGGCAGCAACGGCGGUGGUCGCUCAGCGCGUAUAGCCAAUAUGGCCACCGCAGAGCAUCUCGACAACCGUCUACUGAUGCUCGAUCAGAAAGUUAGUGACAUCGAUACCAAGCUUGAGGUGCUCAAAACACAAAUCGAUAAUAACUUUCUGCAAGUGGACGACAUAAAUGCCGAGGCGAGCGAGAAGAAACCGAUUAGCAUGAAUGUUGUGGAGAUAACGAAAGCGAUGAACGCCGAGGUAAUGAAUCAUGUGUCGACCGAGUUGAAUGAAUUGCGCGACACAACCGAUAAUAUCGAUAAGAAGUUGCAAUUCCAUAUAAAUAUCGUGUCGGAGAAUGUGGGACGCAUGUUGCGCAUGGUGGGCGAUAUACACGAGGCGGUUGUUGAUCAUCAAGAGCAAUUGAAUGCCUUGAAUGCGACAACAACAGCAAUGCCCAUAAUAAAAUCGAGUAAAAUUGAUGCGCUCGUUAAGCAAAUACGACCGAUGGUCUCUGUCUCGGAGAAAAUGGAUGAGGUGUGGGAUGUGGUAGUGGGCACGAAGUCGUCUGUUAUAAAUGAUUUGCUACCCAAAUCAGAUGCGCUACUCACACAGACACAGCGACAGGAGCGCGCUAUCGGUGAAAUACAUCACGACUUGAAUUCGAAGACGAAUCUUAUAAUAAACAAUUUGGAUAUGGUCGAGAAACGUUUGAAGAAACAGGAGGAUGAUGUGCAGCUAUUGGCACAACGACCCGUACCGGCUGAACUACUAAUGGAUCCAACUAUCGAUCGACUUGUCGAAUACGAUCCCAAUCGUUACUCCGUUAUCGAUGAGUAUCCUGAGGCAAAUAUGCCUACCACACCGAUUGGCUCCAGCUCAACGGCCAGCUCUACUACGCCACCACCUACAGUGGCCGCGACGACAGCCUCGUUGAGCGCUUACACCAACGCUGCGACAACUACACCCAGUCCUUCUGUAGGUGCUGCCAGUCAACCUACUCUAACCUCGUAUACGGUUACCGCGGCACAAGUGGCCGCUGCAAGUUCAGCUGGUAGUGUGGGUGUAUCGGCUGCUACUAUAUCAGCGUCCGCUUCUUCCGCAGCUACUACGACAUCAACCUCAGCCAAGCCGCUCUCACGCAAAGGUGGCAUUAUAUUCCCGAGUGUCAAGAAUAAGCCUUCGGUGGUGAAUUCGACAUUCUCCACUGACAUACUCGCACUGAAGGAUAUAAAAGGUUUCUCUUGUGUCGACCUCUUGAAUGCUGGCAUGAGACAAUCUGGCGUGUUCUAUCUACAAAUUCGCGGCACCACCUAUUGGUUCUUAAAGGUCUUUUGCGAGCAAGAAAUUACUGACGGCGGCUGGACGGUGAUACAAAGACGUGAUGAUUUCGGUGAGCCACGCGAGAACUUCAAUCGAGACUGGGCUGAUUAUAAGAAUGGUUUCGGUGAUCCGGCAAAGGAAUUUUGGUUAGGUAAUGAAAAUAUUUACAUGCUCACCAACAAUGAGGACUAUGCGCUACGUGUUGAGCUCGAAGAUUUUGAAGGAAACAAGAGAUAUGCACAAUAUUCGCACUUUAAAAUUCACUCCGAAGCUGAUUAUUAUAAAUUGGAAAUCGACGGUUAUGAGGGUAAUGCGGGCGAUUCACUUAAUGAUCCCUGGUACGGUUCGAAUAAUAGUCCAUUCUCUACAUACAAUAGAGACAAUGAUCGUAGCUCGCUAAAUUGCGCUAGUAUGCUCAAGGGUGGUUGGUGGUGGAAGUCUUGCGGACGUGGUUUGAAUGGUCUAUACCUCCACGAUCCACAAGAUUUAACGGCUCGCCAAGGUAUCGUUUGGUUCCGCUGGCGCGGUUGGGAUUACACACUCAAAAAGGCAACUAUGAUGAUACGUCCACGUGCACCCCAGCCUAUGGGAAGUACAGCAUCGACGUCGUAAGAAUGAAUGACGAUGCGCAAAACCUACAUGAAGGAGUUAAAUUGUAGUUGAAAGCAAAAACAAUUGUUUUUAAUUACCUAAAAAAAUUAACCGCAUAUAAGUUUCAAAAGAAAUAUGUAAUGAAAGUAAUGAAAGCAGGGUUGCAUUUUACAGAACGAAACUUUUUCCCAUGCAAGCAGGCAUUUUUCAAUAGAAAAUUAUCUGUACUGUGAGUGUUGAGCGGAAAUACGGAAAUUGAGCGGAAAUAUUUGAAGCGCUCAAGCAUACAAACAAACUAUUCACAUACAUAAACACGUUCAUACA